GUGAAUACACCAGGUGGUCCUAUAGUGGAGCUUCCUUCAGGGUGAACACAGAAGAUUUGAAAGCUUCUGCAUAGAGCGAUAGGCUCUGAAGCUCCCGACUUCCGCUAUAGAAAAUUGAUGUAUAUAAUGUGAUUGUGCCCGCAUCGACCGACAGGAUUUGUCGAUCAGCAGGCAUUCUCGUGGAUUGGACCCCAACAGGUCCACACUGUCAUUCGUUAUCAUUCGCUCUCAAUCUCUGCAUCUUUUUCUUGUCUGUUUCCACACACACCCCCCCUAGGGUCCAUUCAGGAACCUGGACCAGCUUCCAAUGGUUCUGCCGUGGCUACUCAGAACUGGUUGUUACUUCGGACUUAUAACUUGCGACACUCCCCCAGGUGUUUGGCCUGAAGGUAUCCCAAGUGUGAUUGCUCCUGUGCCUCCCUCACGCACAUCUGGAGUCACGACCAGCUCUCCCGACAUUACUUCGUCGGUCCUGUCGUUAACUUCUUCCCCUCCUGUCACGGGGUCAUCGUCUUUCGUUACUACCACUACUUCUUCUACUUUCGCUUCCUCCACUUCAACCUCUCUACCUUCGUUUACUAGCACACUCGUUUCUGUCAGCACUCCUGUGAGUGCCUCCAGCACAAUGUCUCUAAUUCCUACUCCUUCGUCGAGUAUCAUUCCUUCCGCAACACCUUCCGCUUCGGCCAUUACCAACGGUAACGUCGCGGGUGACAUCUUGGUGAUUGCGAAGGACACAGCUGCUGCUAAUGUGGCUACGUCGGGCCUCAAUGGCUAUGGUAUUCCUUUCACCACCUUGCUCGUUCCCCAGUCCGGUGCUACCCUGCCCGAGCUGAACAGCACCUCCGGAGGAAACUUUGGCGGUAUCGUUGUUGCGAGCGAGGUCAGCUACGACUAUGGUGCCCAAGGCUUCCAGAGCGCUCUGACUACCGACCAAUGGAACCAACUCUAUGCCUAUCAGCUCGAGUACAGUGUACGCAUGGUGCAGUAUGAUGUCUAUCCGGGACCCAACUACGGUGCCUCUGCCGUGGGUGGGGGAUGCUGCGACUCCGGUGUGGAGCAGCUUGUUUCUUUCUCGGACGUCAGUGAUUUCAAGGAAGCCGGCCUGAAGACCGGUGCUGGUGUCAGUACGACAGGCCUCUGGCACUACCCAGCCACAGUUAAUGAUACUGCUACCACCAAGGAAAUUGCUCGUUUCGCCGCCAACGGUAACUACGGCAGCGAGACUACUGCUGCAGUCAUCAACAACUUCAAUGGCCGACAGCAAAUGGCUUUCUUCUUGUCCUUUGACACCACCUGGAGUGCAACUUCCAACUACUUGCAGCACGCAUGGAUCAACUGGCUCACUCGGGGUCUCUACGCUGGCCACCGUCGCGUCAACCUCAACACCCAGAUUGAUGACAUGUUCCUGGAAACCGAUAUCUACUUCCCCAAUGGAACGGCUUUCCGUAUUACCACCGCUGAUAUGGAUGGUAUCUCUAAGUGGCUUCCGACCAUCAACGCCAAGAUGAACGCUGGUAGCUCCUACUUUGUUGAGGUCGGACACAAUGGCAACGGUGUCAUCGAGGCCGCCACUGGCAAGGAUGCCGAUGUCUGCAACGGAGGCGGCAUUGAAUACGACUCUCCGCCUGAUACUCCUAUGGAGUUCAAGAAGCCUCUGGGCACUGGCACUGACCUUUGGCCCAAGGACCAGACCGAGUAUAACUGGACUACUGAAUGCACCAAGUUGGACGAUCUUUUCAUCUGGUGGACCACCCCUGCUAACCGCGACAAGUAUGGUCACAUCUCUCACACUUUUACUCAUGAGGAGCAGAACAAUGCCACCUACAACGACGUUAAGCGGGAGAUCUCUUUCAACCAGGCUUGGCUGAGACAGAGCGGUUUCUAUGAUGCCAAGUAUUUCACAUCCAACGGUAUCAUCCCUCCCGCCAUCACUGGGUUGCACAACGGCGAUGCCUUGCGGGCCUGGUACGAAAACGGCAUCACCAACUGUGUUGGUGAUAACACUCGCACACCGCUCCUCAACCAGCAGAACAGCAUGUGGCCAUACUUCACUACCUUCGCAUCGGAUGGAUUCGAUGGUAUGCAGGUGAACCCUCGUUGGGCCACUCGCAUCUACUACAACUGCGAUACCCCUGCCUGCACCGUUCAGGAAUGGAUUGACACAUCCGCCGGCAGCGGUGACUUCAGCAACCUGCUCGCGACCGAGAAGGCCGACACCAUGCGCCAUCUCUUCGGUCUUCAUCGCGAUCCUUACAUGUUCCAUCAGGCCAAUCUUCGCAAUGUUGGCGUUGACCCGGUUGAGAUCAACGGCGAAACUGGCCAAUGGUCCAUUAUGCAAGCGUGGGUGGAAACCAUGGUGCAGGAACUCGUGCGCCUGGUAGACUGGCCCAUUGUUACCAUCACGCACCAGGAGAUGUCGGCCAACUUCCUCGAGCGCUACAACCGUGACCAGUGCAACUACUCCCUGCAGUACACCAUCGGCAACAAGCAGAUUACUGGCGUGACUUUGACCGCCAAGGACAACACCUGCAAUGCCCCCAUCCCCGUCAGCUUCCCUGUCGCCCCCACCGACACCAAGGGCUUCACCACCGAACAAUACGGCAGUGACCCACUCACCGUCUGGGUGCAGCUGUCGGGAUCCCCCGUCACUUUCUCUCUCUCAACUCCUAUUCCCUUGUAAAUGGAUUGAACGAUAUUGAAUUAUGGAAGGGCUUUGAGAGGAUUCCCUGGACCAUAAUAUCUAAUGUUAUUAAUGGGUUUCGUGUAGCGAUUUCGAAUAGGGGGGAGAAAUGAAUGAAUAUCUGGUACAUAUAUACAUACAUAACUCUACAUGCAUAUCUACAUAGUACCUAGUACCUAAGUACACACGAUCCUUGAGAAGAAGCCUGCGUCGCAAUGAAAAUCGCGUAGAUCCUCCCGCCCGCAAAAAGCAAAGAUGCACACAGCCACCCACCAGCAACAACCCAAACGGGGAAUUUCCUCUCAACCAGGCACGGUUUGCAAGUUGCACACUGGACUGCCCCUCCCGGAAUCAUCCACCCACAUAUUCCAAGAUCAAUUGAUGUUCUUCUACAGAAACUCCCCACGCCCCUGACUCACAGCACUAACCCCCAACAUCCCACACUCCGCCCCCAAAUCCGAAGAUACACCGACAACAAGAAAAAGAAAAGGGAAAAAAAAAAAAAAUAUGAUAAAUCUACCUUCCCCAAUUAAUCAACGAAAUCAAUCCGCCACAUUGAAUGACCC